AUGGUCUGUCUUUUGGAAACUAUGAUUUCUGUAGAUAAAGUUGCUCAAAAGCUAGCCUCUUUGCCUUUUUUGGUUUGUUGUGGUAUUGAUGCUGUAGGUUUAAGUGGUGGGUUGUUUAUAUGCUGGUUUUCUCCAUUAGGAGUAGUUCCUGUUUAUAGUUCUCAGAAUGUAUAUUUAUGUAAAUUAGUUCAAGGAGAUGAAAUAAAAUAUGUGAUGUUUGUGUAUGGCUCGCCUCAUGUUGCUAAUCGCUUGGAUAUUUGGUACUUGAUUAGUAAUAUUUUGGAGUCCAUUCCAAAUGUAGUUAUUAUUGGGGAUUUUAAUCAAGUUGAAUAUAGUUCGGAUAAACUUGGAGGGAAUUUUUCUAUUCCAGGCCAAUUGGAUUUUAUGAACUGGCGUCUUGGUUUGAAUUUAAUAGAUGUCCCUUUCACUGGUCCUCGUUAUACCUGGACUAAUAACAGAUUGGAUUCAGAUCCUAUUUUUGAACGUUUAGAUCGAGCUUAUGGUUCUUCUACUUGGUUUCUAAACUAUCCAGACACCAAUCUUAUUCACCAACCUAUUUUAUUUUCGGACCACGCAGCUAUCAUUUUGUCUGAUACGGCGAAUCCUGAUCCGAUUAAGCGUCCUUAUAGGAUAGAAAAUUGGUGUUUGUCUGCUGUAGAGGUUCAUCACAUCAUCACUUCCGUACUCUCCUUGUUCUUUCCGGGUUCUCCUAUGUAUGCUCUCUCUCGGAAACUUUCAGUUUCUAGAGAUCGUCUUCUAGCUUGGUGUAUUUCACAUAAAAAAGUCUGGGGUAUAAAUUGGAAACAGUUAGUCUUUGAUGUUGAGCAAGCUUCUCAUUCUCUUUGUUCCCGAAGUGAUCGUUACUUAUUUCUUUCCACUAAAAAUGAGAAGAUAGCUGAGGCACAAGCAGCAUAUAUUUUCUGGCAGCAGCGCGCUAAACUCAAGUGGGACGCGUUAGGAGAUUCUCACUCCCGUCUUCUGUUUUCCUCAGUCCAGUCUCGAAAGCGUCGGAAUAAGAUCUUAGGGCUUAGGGACUCUUCUGGUUGUUGGCAUAGUGACAAUGCGACUAUAGCCUCCAUCACUCUAGACUUUUAUAAAGAUCUUUACUCUCCUUCUAAGACUUCUCCUACUUUUGAUUCAGAUUGGUAG